CUUUGGCCCACCCCACUACCUUCUUUUCAUCCAUCCUCCGUCUCGAAGGCGAAUUCACUUUCAUUUUUUUUCAUCGGCUUGCCGCAUUUUACUGUCCAGCAACUGUUUUUGUUCACCCAUCCACCACAAGUUAUCAUCCCGAUGGCUCGUUUCGCUCUCCUCGCACUGCUCGUGCCUGCACUUGUCAACUCGGCGCCCCUCAAGUCGAAGCGCUUCUCUUUUGCUCUCCAGAGCUACGACAGCUUCCAGAUCUCCGACGGUGUCGGCGGUAACGCUCAGGCUCAGGCCAACGCCAUCUUUGUUGAUGUGCUCCCCGCCGACCUGACCACCGUUGAUGCUACGUCUUUGGCCAACAUCAAAUCCAUGCGUGUCGCUGCUGAGAACGCUGAGACCGGUCAGUUCAACCCGGCGAUCGCUGCCGCAUCCGGCGCCACUGCCGCUGCUCUCCAGGUUGGAAAGAUCAAGAACAAGGUUCUCAAGCUCACCGCUGAGGUCACCGCGAUCAAGAUCGACCUUGCCCAGGCCCAGGCCGCCGGCAAGAGCACUUCCAGCCUCCAAGGCCAGCUCACCAAGGAGCAGACCAAGCUGACCAAGAACAUCAGCCUCGACAAGGGCAGCGCCGGAAAGGCCUCCCAGGGUGUUGCCGGUAACAGCAAGGCUGCUGCCGCUGGUGGUGCCGCCGCUGCCGCUGCUUCCCCUGCCGCCGCUACCAAGGCCGCCAAGACCAAGGCUGCUAAGACCAAGGCUGCGAAGGCCACCAAGGCCGUCGGUACUGCUGCCCCCGCCGCCACCGCUGCGUCUCUCGCUGCUUCCGCCGGCACUGUCAACUUCAACCUCCAGAGCUACGCUCAGUUCCAGAUCUCCGACGGCACGGCCGGAAACGCCAAGGCUCAGGCUGACGCGAUCUUCGUGACCCCCCUGCCCGCUGACCUCUCCACCGUCAGCUCUGCCGCUGCUGCCAACAUCGAGACCAUGCGUCAGGCCGCUGAGAAGGCUGAGACCGCCCAGUUCAACCCCGCGAUCAAGGCUGCUUCCGGUGCCGCUGCCACUGCUCUCCAGAACGGAAAGAUCAAGAACAAGGUCCUCAAGCUCACUGCUGAGGUCCAGGGUCUCAAGAUCAAGCUCGCCAAGGCCCAGGCCUCGGGAAGCAGCACCUCCGCGAUCCAGACCAAGAUCGCCGCCGAGCAGAAGAAGCUGGACAACAACAUUGCCCUGGACACCAAGGCCGCUGGCCAAGCCUCCAAGGGUGUCGCUUAAAUUCAUGCGUGACGCGCAUGUUGCACAUCGCCCUGCUUUCGCUUUUUUCCACCCAUCCCGUACCAUCCAUCACAACUGUAGCCCGAGACAAUCAAUACCAAGCUCAUUAAACAUCAUUGCCGUGAGACCGAGAGCCGGUGCCUGAUCACCACGCUGGAAAUU